AUGCUAUGCUCCAUUCCUUCUAAGCUCAUCGCAAAGACCACCAGAAAACUAUCAAGACGACGUUCCAGAAUCCUGAUGACUUUAAAAUCUAAGUAUCCUCCCUUGGAGGUUCCCGAGUGCAAUAUCCUCUCCUUCGUGUUUCCUGCCGGCCGAAAACCUUCUGAGAAGCCCACAUGGAUUGAUGCCAACGACCCCUCCAACAGCCUGUCACUGGCGGAUAUGCUAUCGUGGGUCAAGAGGUUUGCAGCUGGGCUUGAUGUGUUAGGGGUUGGUCAAGGAGAGACUAUCAUGGUCUUUACGCCUAAUCACAUCUUUGUUCCUGUUGCUUACCUGGCCACAGCAGGGAGCAAGAGGAUCUUCACAGGAGCCAAUCCGGCCUACACCGUUGACGAGGUGGCUUAUCAAAUGAAGAUCAUCCGAGCAGCUGUUGUGCUGAUCCAUCCUUCGCUCCUCCGCCAGGGCCUUGCAGCGGCCAAACAAGCCCAGAUCCCUAUCAGCCGUGUUUUCCAGUUCUCAUCAGUGGAGUGUCCUGUCCAGAAUGGAGUUCGUGAUUGGAGGGAUAUCACGACAAUGGCCUCGACAACUGAGGCACAGUCCUGGCAGUGGGAUACUCUUCGUCGACACCGGUCUCAGAACACAAUUGCAGCCGUCAACUUCUCUAGUGGAACGACGGGUCUCCCAAAAGGCGUAUGCAUCAGCCACUAUAAUCUAGUCUCGAAUGCUAUCCAGAAUCUGGCCAACAAAUUCCAUAACACUGGCUGUUCUGAAACAGAUCCAGGACCUGAGAGGUGGCUUGCAACCCUUCCUCUUUAUCAUGCCUAUGCUCAGCUUUGGACUAUCACGAUCGCCAGCCGGCUCCAGGCUUCGGUUUACAUCAUGUCGAAGUUUGUCUUUGAAGAUUACCUCAGACAUAUUGAAAAGUACAACAUCACAACCUUGCAAGUCGUCCCGCCAAUUCUCCUCAUGCUAAACAAGCGACCGGAAACUGCCAAGUAUAAGCUACAUAGCCUACAAACCAUUCUCUGUGGUGCAGCACCCCUUUCUCCAGCAGUUCAAACCGAAGUCAGUCAGCGCCUCGGCGUGGUAGUGGUACAAGGAUGGGGGAUGACGGAAACUACUUGUGCUGGAAUCAUGAUCCCUGGCAGGAUGGUAGAGGAUACCGGGAGCAUCGGUUACCUUCUUCCCAAUACAGAAGCCCUCCUACUGGAUGAGGAGGAGAACGAAGUCACAAAUGAUGGAAAACCUGGGGAGCUACUGCUUCGAGGGCCACAGGUCAUGCUGAAGUAUUGGGAAAAUGAGAUUGCGACAAAAGAGACCCUGACUCCCGAUGGCUGGUUGAGGACCGGCGACGUGGCAGUCGUAGAAGAUGGCAAGUUCUGGAUCGUGGAUAGAAAGAAGGAGCUCAUCAAGGUCAAUGGUCUGCAAGUGGCUCCAGCCGAAUUGGAGGCUAUCCUUCUACUCCAUCAGGACAUUGUUGAUGCUGCAGUGACGGGGAUCCGAUUCCAGGAUGACGAAUGGCCAAGGGCUUAUGUGGUAAGGCGUGAACAUUCUCAGACGACGGAAGCUGAGGUGCGAGAAUUUGUAGCAACCAAGGUCGCUAAGCAUAAGCGACUCUCUGGAGGAAUCAUGUUCGUCCCUGAGAUCCCAAAGCUAGCGAGUGGAAAGAUUAUUAGGAAGCAACUUCGAGAAUGGUCAAAGAGAGAUGCCAAAGAGAUGGGAGGCAUAAUGAGGUCGAGUUUGUAA